AUGUCCCAGUCCACAGAUCAGGACCUCAUGGCGAUCGCGGAGCUGCUCUCCCCCAACAUCGAUGCAAGCACGGUCGAGACUGCGGCCCCUGUACCCGAGCCCGUUCCCGUAGAGGAGCUCGAGCCGGUCCCGGACAUGUACUUCGACGAAGUCGCUGCGACGACCUCGGUCCGAGACUCGAUGUCCUCCUCGGUGUCGUCCAUCUACUCCUCUUACCACCGCCCGUCGUCCGGCUCGAUGCGCAGUUCAACGUACACUGACUCGGACGGCGCGUCAUACAUGGGCGACGACCUCCCUGACCCGCUGCUGCUCGCCCCCCUCAACCAGCAGCACUACAACGGCGGCUUCCACCUCGCACGUGGGUCUAUGCCCAUGCCCGCGCUGGACGACAACCGCUCAUUGUCAUCAGCGACGUCCUAUAGCUCCCUCCGGACGCCCAGUCUCAGCCGGCACUCGUCGAUGCAGUACUUCAGCUCCCCACCGACGAGCCCGACGUCGUCGUACCUGUCCUCGCCCGUCGACGGGCCCGCGCCCCCGCAGCAGCUGAACUCGAAGGCGCUGGGGGUGAUCGAGGAGUCGCACUACGCGGAGGACUACGAGCUCCGGCGCGUGCCCUCGGACGACGCGCCGACGAUCCACAUGCCGACACCCUCGGGCCCGUCGUUCCCUGCCCCGGAGGAGCAGCCGUACCUCAUGCGUCGGCCCGAGCCCCGUCACAUGCACAGCCUGCCGCUCCAGCGGCGGCUGCCCUCGCUCGAGAAGCUGCGCAUCUCCAUGCAGACUCCCGAGUCGGGCUACGGGCAGACUCAACAUCAGAAUCAGAGCUACGGUCAGAGCCAGAAUCAGGGCUACGGCCAAAGCCAGAGUCAAGGUUACGGGCAGACCCAAAGUCAAGGCUACGGUCAAAGCCAAAGCUCAAGCUACGGCCACGGCCAGAGCCCCAGCCAGAGCUCCAGCCAAAGCCAAAGCUACAACCAAAGCCCAGGUCAAAGUCAAAGCCGCCAGCUCCCAUCGCGGACAGGGUUCGCGCAUCCGCCUCCUCCCGUCCCCGCGCCGUUGUACACACCACCAGCUGCGCCGCUAUCUCCCGUGCUUUCCGCGAAGAGCGGCUCAUCGGGCGGCUCAUCGUCCGCGAAGGGCACGGGCAAGUCGUCCGGGUUCGGGAAGCUGUUCGGGCGGGGCGGCGACAAGGAGUCUCGGAAGAGUACCGCGUCGUCCGGCUCGCUGCACAAGUCGGACCAGAGCGUCGCAUCAUUCGAACUCGGCGACGCGAAGGCGGACGCGAAGCGGCUGAAGAAGGAGGCCGCGCGCGCACGCACAGAGCGUCUCGCGCAGGACCUUGCGGACAAGGCGCGCAAGCGUGCGGAGGCGGUCAAGGCGCAGAAGGAGGAGCUGCGUGCGAAGAAGCCCGUGCGCACGUGGGAGGAGGAAGGCGACAUGUACGGCGGCAUCUCGUACUUCUGA